GGACCAUUCCAAACCAACAUGGCUCCCAGCGGGAUGGCCGGCAGCGCCGGCGGCGAAGCGGCUUCCGAAGCUGGGCUAUCCAAGUGGCAGUAUGCGCUCAUUUUCGCCACGCCAGUCGCCGCCGGCUUGGCGUACUGGUACUACACAAAAGGCCGUGGCAGGUCGAAGCCGCCCGGCUCCAGCGCCGGAGAAACAAAGGGGUCCAAGUCCGCGGACAAAUCUCAAACCAACCACUCGCGCGGUGCAGCCGACGCCAAGGAUCCCUUCGAGAGGGCUAAGGCUUUCAAAAACCAGGGCAACAAGUACUUCAAGGAAGGCAAGUUUGAUAAAGCUAUCGAGUGCUACACGGAGGCCAUCGCGCUGUGCCCGCCGCAGAACAAAAAUGAGUUGGCUACCUUCUACCAAAAUCGCGCUGCCGCCUACGAGAACUUGAAAAACUACACCGCGGUUAUCGCCGACUGCACCAAGGCGAUAGACCUGAACUUUCAGUACGUCAAGGCACUUCACCGGAGGGCGAAGGCUUACGAGGUCGUCGAUGAAUUGGACAAGUGUCUGGAAGACAUAACAGCUGUAUGCAUACUCGAGGGAUUCCAAAACCAGAACUCAUUGCUUGUGACCGACAGGGUGCUGAAGAAGAUAGGCAAAGCACGUGCAAAGGAACUCAUCAAGGUCCGAAAGCCGGUGAUGCCAUCGAAGCACUUUAUUCGAAAUUACUUUGUGUCCUUCUGUGAAGACCCAGUUAUUAAGGCUGUGCAGGCAUUUCGUAAAGGCAAGCCGUAUCCUAAAAGUGAUAGUCCUGGGGGUGCAUAUGCACAGGCUGUGGAGUGCCUAGCCAACGAGAAGUAUGAAGACGUCAUUGCACAUUGCACCAAGGAGAUUGAAAAUAACGGAGAGGCGCUGGCCGAAGCACUUCUGCUGCGAGGCACGCUGUACAUGCUGCAAGGGCUGUCACAGGCUACGGUCGACGACCUCAACCGGGUACUCCAAAUGGACACUGCCUCUCUCAAGGUUCGAGUGAAUGCUCUCAUCAAGCUUGGCACUCUGAAGGUGCAUGCUGAGAAAUUGGAGGAAGCACUCGAGGACUUCGAGCAGGCUGCCAACCUGGACCCAAGAAAUGCUGACGUCUUUCUGCAUAGGGGCCAGGUGUUGUUGCUUCUGGACAGGCUAGAGGACACGCUCAAGGACAUGGAGGAGAGUGUGACCCUCCGACCGGACUUCCCAUCAGCAGCGGCUCAGCGCUGUUAUGUGCUGUACAGGUGCGGAGUAGCUACCAACAGUCUCGACAAGCAGAUACAGGCGUUCCAGCAAUUCGAAGACAUCCAGGAGACGUUCCCCAACUGUCCCGAAUGUUACUUCCUUCACGCUCAGAUCCUUUCAGAGAAAAAGGAGUUUGAGAAAGCCGAAGAGAACUUUAUGAAGGCCGCAGAGGCAGAUCCCUCAGACCCAAACGUUCCUGUACACCUCGGCAUACUACAGCUGCAGUGGAAGCAAGAUUUUGAGAAGGCAGCCGAAUUCAUGAACAAGGCAAUCAAAAUGGAUGACAAAUGUCAAUUUGCCUACGAGACCCUCGGUUCCGUUCAAGUCCAGAGGGGAUUCCUGAAGGAAGGCCUGGAGAUGUUCGAUAAGGCCAUCAUGCUGGCCCAGACCGAAGCUGAGUUGGCCCACCUACUGUCAUUGCGAGACGCUGCCGCCGCCCAGGGACGGGUGGCCAGCCGUCUGGGGAUGGCUGUCACCCCUGGCUUCAGCUAGGACUGUUUAGCCCAUAAAAUGGGGGCGCGGUUGUUUUCUUCCUUUCUUUUUCUUUUUUGCGAAGAACCAGAUUGCAGACCAUUUGCCGUCAUCCCCUCUCCGAUCUGCCCCCACAGAGCGUACGCAGAACUUCGGGAACACGUUUGUUCCUCACGUUUUCGUAUCACGGAGUGGGUGGAAGGGGGCAGCUCGAGUCAGAAGGGUGAAGGUAGCAUGUCGUCUGGCUCCUGUCGCAAAGCAUUGUUCUGUGCAGGGAAAGCCAAGCAGCGCUCUCGGGGUUGAGCACACUACUCUUAAAAAAACGGUGGCAUGUGUUCCAUUUAUUUGUCUGGGGCCUGCAUACAACUUGCGUAGCUAGGGACCAGCAAUUGUUUUCAGGGAGCUAGGCCUUAGAUGCGCCUCAGCUAUGCCAGUUAGGAUAUUAAAGCAAAAGAAAAAAAACGAAGUGAAAAAGUUCGCAGCCUUCUGCUAGAAGCGUGAAAGAGGCGUACGUGUAGUCGGAGUCACGUCUCAUGUUACAGAGCCACCGACUGAGUGUUCCAGAGAACAGUUGUUCCUCAAAAUUUGGAUUUCUCAACAGGGAUGUAGUAUGCGAGGAAAGGCAUGGUCAGAAGACAGAGAAGCGUCUGGAAAAAGGAACAGAACGAUGGGGCUGUCUGCAUUGUCUGUGCCUUCUUUUUUCUUUUGUCUUCUGCGCACUUAAAAAGAGUCAGCGUUGUUUGGUGAGUGCAAUUUUCGUGGGUGGUGCGUGCUGUAUUAUUACCAGAGUUGUUUGUUCCUCCACAUGCUAUUUUGGUGCCAGGUGUUUACCUGAACAAGACUAGUACAAGCCAGUACAGCAGUUGAAGAGAAUCGCUGCACCAGUCUGAACAUCCAAGUCGGCGGUGUUAUUGCCCUCGCGAACAAGUUGUCGUUGCUGAAAACAAAAUUUCUUUCAACUCUUGAAGUGUCUCCACCUCCUUUGGUCUCUUGCUCCCUUUCACAACAUUCUCUCGUUUUAUAGUAGCACGAAAUUUUUUGAUUUUUUUUUUCAAUUAAAUAUUGUGUAACAUCUUCUAGUCUGUGCAGCGGAAUAAACCAAUUUUGUUUUUUGCUCUCAAA